AUGGCCGAGACGCCCGACCUGGCCGAGAUCCACGACUUCCUGGUCGACCUGGCCAGCAAGGCGGGCGAGAUGAUCACCAGCGCCCACCCGCUCAUCAACGGCGUCGGCUCCAAGAAGAACAGUAGGAAGACGCUCUCGCUCUCCCAGGAACAAGAACAAGCAAUAACUGACCGCAAGAGCAUCAGGUUCAUGGGAGAAGAGACGUACGACCCGUCAAAGCCACUGACAGACGAGCCGACCUUCGUUGUCGACCCAAUAGACGGCACCGUCAACUUUGUCCACGGCUUCCCCUCGGCCUGCAUCUCGCUCGGCUUUGCCAUCAACCAGCAGCCUGUCGUGGGAGUCGUCUUCAACCCGUUCACCAGCACGCUCUACAGCGCCGUCAAGGGCCGCGGGGCGUUCAUGAACCGCACUCGCAAACUACCGCUUCGGGGAGAGGAUGUCGAGCCGCUCAUGGGACUGAGCAGUGCCCUGGUGGCCGUGGAAUGGGGCUCAGACCGCUCAGGGCCCAACUGGGAGGUCAAGCUGCGUACGUUUGAGAGCCUGGGCAAGUCCAAGGAGCAGGGCGGCGCGAUGGUGCAUUCGAUGCGCAGCAUGGGCUCGGCUGCCUUGAACCUGUGUGCCGUGGCCUCGGGCGUGCUGGAUCUCUACUGGGAAGGCGGCUGCUGGGCCUGGGACGUCUGCGCCGGCUGGAUCAUCCUGGCUGAGGCCGGUGGCAUCAUGGUCGACGGCAACCCGGGCCAGUGGCAGGCAAAGCUCGACUCGAGGCGGUAUCUGGCCGUCAGGGGCGCGCCGGGGGGCAAGGGACAGCGUGAGCUCGUCCAGGAGUUCUGGUCGCACGUCGGCGGUUCUCUCGAGUACUAG